CUAAAUUUGCCAUGGGACUAUCAAAGUGUUGUGUCGGUGGUUGCACCGCAACCAAUGCGACGAAUCGGCUUUUUUGUUUUCCGCAGAAAUCAGAAUGAUAAUUUCAGGAACCUGUGGAUGUCCUUUCUGGUGCCCACUAAUUAUGUAAAUAGCUGAUAUUUGUACAAAAUGCUCUGAGUGAUCACAAUUAUCACAAAGUGGAAUCAGAUGAGAAUGAAAAUGUUACAGAUAAUAUUAUGUUGGUCAUUGGAAGGGCAGGUGAUGAUUAUCAUGAACAUCCAUCAUGCAUUACAGCUAUUCCAGUUGUUAUGAAAAGACCUACAGAUAACAUUCACACGGGCAGCAGUAGCAGUGUGGCUACUACAGCGGAAGUUGUGGAGUUCUUCGACGAUUUAUUUGAUAGCGUAAAUUGUUAUCCUGGAGGCGCAACAAAAGGGAAAAUGAGAAAAGCAGUAAAAAUAAACUCUUGCAAAUGCUGCUCUUGCAAAAAAAAUUGCAUGAAGAGCUUUACUAGUAAAUCUACAGAGGAUAAUAUUUAUUCUUACAUGCGCCAAAGAGAAUAUAAACUUUUAAAAAAUAGUAAUUUAGUUUAUCCAAGUUCCAAACUUCUAGUGUUGUACAGGGAAGCAAGUUGUUUAAACAUAAUUAUUUAAACGAUAACUGUAUCCAAAACGAAAUUGGGGCAAAUUUAA